AAUGUUCCGUCGGCGGGAAACUUGAACUUUCCGAUUUUGAGAAAACAAACCAUGCAAUGAAUGUAUGGUUUAUGUUCAUAGCCGAUAUAAUUUACUAACAUAAGCUUGCAAUGUUAAUAAAAUUCACGAUGUGAUUUAUUUGUCUAAUGUAUUAUUAUGUUUCAUUUAUAAUAUUACAAAACUGUAUGUAAAAUCUAUAGAAGAAAUUUGACAGAUAACCUAAAUAUUUUGUUAAAAUCAGUUUUGUAAAUAAAUAGAAGUUAAGUGUAACCUUGAUAAACCCUGGUUUAAAUUGUGUGAUAAAUAAAACAAUAAAAAUGCACUUAUUAAUACAAGCAAGUCCUCUGAUCGAUAAACUAAAACACUGGCAUAGGUCUAUAUCAUUCAGUGAAAUUCAACUAUCAACAUCACAAAAGGUGGUGUUAUGGAGCAUAGGAGUAGUGGGUACUAGUGCAGUGGUGGUUGGAGUACUGUCAAGGUAUUUGGCACGACGGCGAGCAAAACCAAUUAUCAAUCCAAGGAUUCAAAGAGCGAUCAACAAAAGAAUUUCAAGAAUGAGGAGUCCCAAUGGAGGCAUGGGUUCAGUAGCUAGCAGUGGAGGGAGGAGUAGCCCUUUGGGGUUAAGUGAGCGGUUAUCCUUAGCCUCGGGUUCUAUUGGUUCCGGAACGGGAGAUGCAGCACCACUGUCACCUCAACAAUUGGGAGUUAUGGGGAUGGAGGCACUAGAAACGAGCAUAAACUACUGGGAAGACGCGUUGGCCGCUUUUUCUCUGGGCGCGCGCGGUGGUACUUCAGGCACGCUGGCGCUCACUUCACCAGAGGAGGCAGAGUUCUGUCGGGAGAUACAAGAUCUGCUACAGAAUGCUUACAUGUUACAGGAGCGGUGCGAGCUGCUGUUCUUGGACCAGCGCUCGGUGCUGUUCCGGUCGGAGAGCGGCGGCUCGGUGCGCGCCCGCACGCGCCUGCUCUCCUCGCACACGCGCCGCGACCACUACUCCAGCGCGGAGUCCUUCGCCUCCGCUGAGGAUCAGGUGGCUGACCUCCGAGACUUUGAUGAUCUAUCGGAAGCGUUGCCUGAAUUAGAAAAUUUAGAACUGUAUCAGGCCGCCGUUAAACAAUUAGAAAAUGGAAUACCCUACAGGACGCUCCGCACGGAGGUGGUGCAGUGCGGCUCGGACGCGGAGUUCCUGUGCAAGCUGCAGUGUCUGCGCCGCGCCUUCCAGCACGCCCUCCGCGCGCCCGACCUGCGCGCCUGGUUCCAGGACGCCGGCCGCCAGGUGCUCACCGACCUGCUGCUCUACGCGGACAAGGAACCGAAGGAGUUUUUAGUGGCGUACGAAGAAAUGGUUUCGUGGGCAACUGACGACGCCAAUUGGCCUAUUAUCGAAAAUGAAUUGACAAGCAAAGGGGUGAAGGCACUGACGUUCUACGACAUAGUACUGGACUACAUACUGUUGGACGCCUUCGAAGACUUGGCUUCCCCCCCGUCGUCCGUGUUGGCGGUCGUCAGGAACCGUUGGCUUUCGGACGGAUUUAAAGAAAGCGCACUGACGACCGCGGUGUGGUCAGUUAUAAAAGCAAAGAGACGCUACCUCCAGUACCCGGACGGUUUCAUGGCCCAUUUUUAUUCGAUAUCCGAACAUCUGCUGCCGGUGCUCGUGUGGGGCUUCCUCGGGCCGCAGGAGAGACUAAGGGACGUUUGCGAGACGUUCCAAGCAGAGAUCGUGGGCUUCAUCACGGAUCUGUUUAGUUUCCAAAAGUGCCGGUACACCACCGUCGAAGACCUGGCCACUGAUAUAAUGCAACACGCGAGGCUCAGGAGUGCCAACAUCACGGACAAACUAUCGGAGCGUAUUUAAAGUUCGCGCUGAAUUCACUGUAGCCGUCUUGACCCAUAGACAUCGAAGAGAAGAGCAGAGGGAAGAAAAGAAGAAGAAGGAGAGUCCCACCCAUCACUAUCUCAAGCCUGCCACACAACAUCCUGCAGUGCAUCACUCCUGCCUCAUUAGGCAGGGAGAUUCAGCCCGGGCAGAGGGGUUUCCCCGAGGCGCGCUCCGUGCCCCCGCAAGGGGUACGACGACCCCUUCUCUCUCACUGUAGCCCUGAGAUUCGGGUUUCUUAGUUAAGUGUUAGACGUCUUGUUACUGGAUUAGCUUAGUAUUUUAUCGAAAAUGACGUCACUACCUGAUGGAAAAAUGUUCUAACAAACCCGAUCUUUAUGGGUUUAUUUAAGAUUUAGCCAAACUAGUGAGUACUACCAGCUCUAUCACAUUCUGAAUUGUAUUAUAACCUCUGCAUAGUGCCUGAAUGUGAAGCUCAAAUUUAAUAUGAAAUAUUUAAAAUUGGUUAGGUGAAGCUAGUAACCCAUCUAUGGAACUAGACGAUGUAACGCGCAAUGCUUUAAAUUCAAGUGUGCAUUUUAACCAUAACAAUUGAAGACAUGCAUGGAUGAAGGGGCAUAUGAUGCAAUUUGUUAAUUUUGAGAAAACGGGCAACAAACUUUUGUUACUUGUACUUUUUCUUCGUACAUAACUCCUUCAUGACAUGCAAUUUCUAAAAAUAGCCGUUAAACCCAGAGUUUUAAGGUCGAAUAUGGUUUAUAGGCACAUAACACCUUCAUUCAAUGUAAAAACAAAAAAAUCUUAAACAUGGUACUUAACCCCCUUCAUCCACUCAUGUCUUCAAUUAGGUACUCCCAUCGCAUUUAGCGUAAUUUUGGCGUUUACUCCUAUUAUCGUGUUCAAUUUGUUUAAUGGAAUAACUCUUAUGCUAGUAAUUACAUUCCUAAUGCGUAUCGAAUAUUAUGAAUGUCAAUCAACUAGUUAGUAUUUUUUGUAAGAUAUUGUAUUGUUAAAUAUUUGACGUAAGUUUUCAAUCAAUUUUAUGUUGUGAUAAGUUGACCAAUGCUGUUACUCGAUUUAAUGUAUAACUAAUCGUAAUUGUUCAUGGUUUUGCCUUCCCACACGAAAAUAUUAAGCCAUACUUUUAAGAGCCAUCAAUUUAAAUAAAUAACCUAGUAUGUAAUAUAAAAUGUAGUACAGUUGGUGUGUAACAAAUAAUAUUUUGUACACAGCGCACAAAGGAACACCUUUUUUUAUUUUUUUUCAUACCUAUACUGAUAGCCUUGAGAGGCGGGUGUGUGGGUGAGCUCACGGGGCUCAAACCGGGAGUGUUGCUAACACUGGCCCUAGUAAAAACCAGUGCUUCGCAGAAUCUAACUCCGGAUCGGAAACAAUUGAAGGCUGGGUGAACGACCUCGUGUGAUCGCGGGAGGCUGCAUGCAGCUGUUUUCGCUUACAUUGCGGGUUCACGGAUUAUGAUUACAUUUCGAUUUUUUCACUUACACAUUACUAGGCUCGCCUUAUAGUCCCACAUAGAUAUGAAAUAAUUACAAUAGCCCUUAUUGUUUCAUAAGGAAAUCCUUUGCCUUCCCACAUGUGAGAGGGGCGGCUUGCACGGUAUUUUAUAUGCAAAGAUACUAAAACCUCCGUAGCCGAACAGCCGGCGUUCGCACUUCCGAUGAGACAGAACUUAACUGAGGUAACCGGAGAAUUGCAGGAGCCUAUAGACAUUAUAAUGCGUAUAUCGCAACUGAGGAGACUCGAAUUGAUUUCCUUUUUGAUUAGUUUCACGGUUACUUUCUUAAUAUAUUUAUUGAAAGUAUUUGUGAUACCGGGGCAGCCGCAAUAUACGCAAAAAUUCUAGCUUGGAGUCUUCAUUCAUUAUCAUUAUCAUCAUUCAGCCCACAGUCGUCCACUGCUGAACAUAGACCUCUCCCAAUCAACACCAGUCUAAACUACCCGGAAAGUUUUAAUUUUUUUUUAUAAAACUACAUAUUUGCAAGUGACGAAUGCAUACUACUUAAAGUUCCGUUGGAGUAUUCAAUUUUGUUGCUAUUUCAUUAUCUUUGUAAGCCUAUGUUAACUUCUGCUUAACUUCUUCCCACCAAGUGGAAUCGUCAUAAGCUCUUGUCAUAAUCGUCACAGCUUCACGUCAACCUUCUAAGAAUUAUAGGUCAGGGAUUGGCAUGGUAAAGUAGAAUAUAGUGGGCCUCAGGUACUCCUCGUCCGAGCCACGUCCGAGAACGCGGUCAACAUUGCAACCAGACGGGCGACUCUGGCCAAUACUAUGCUUACUUUAACUUGCGCCUCGUCGUGGGUUCCCUAUUCUAUCUAGAUAGCGUGCUAUAUAUAGCGAUUUUUGCAUGAGUAGGCAGUUAUGUUUAUCCUGUAGUAUCUUACCUUCGGUAACCGCUCAACAAUCUGAUCUGCUGAUUCUACGUUAGUAAUGGAAUAGUGACGAUAUACUCUUACGGUUAGAAGGUUCUAAAACAGCAGUAAUAGUAGGGACUUGGGCGUAUACUUGAAUCAAUUCAACAUCCGGACAGACCAAUAUGUAGGAUUGCUGGAUAUAAACAUCCGCUGUAUUAGUAGUGAGAGGGCCACUUUAAUCAUGUGAAUUUGUUAACAAAAAUAAUUCUAAGUAAUAAUCAUAAAAAGCUGCAAAACACUAUCUUACGACGAAAUUGUAAUGGUCUUAUCAAACAGUACUGGUUAUACAAUUAGGAUGUACACGCUUUUUAGCCUUUCGAAGUUAUUCGAUUUUCAGGCAGAAAACUAAACAAUUCGUCGAAUAAAAAGUCAAUAUUAGUGCAAAUGAGUCUCGUCAAUUUAGAACGCCAUUUUGUUAUUGGUGUUCAGCAAAUAUAUGAAAAAAUAUAUUUUUGUUGGAAAUCACAUGCUGACAUUAAAUUUUUUUUGUUAAUUCCUCUUUUUUCCCCCAUUUUUUUGUUUGUGCAGCGAUUACUAACUUGUAGUCUGGUAGAAUGUAUUGUCAUUUAUUUAAUUAACUUAAUGCCUAUUAAUAAUACUGACUUUGAUAUUAGUUGUAAAGCUACAAUGAUUAUUUCUGUAAUUUCGCUAUUUAUUUGAAUAAAUAUUUAUAAACCA